UAUUCCUCCUGCCCCAAUAACAAAGCAAUUGGGGAUCCCAGAGUUGUCAAAAUAACCAUCCCAGGCUGCCGUGGGCUAUGCUAGGUGGGGCGGGUAUGCAAAUGCAAACACCUAAAAUUUCUUUCCACACUCCCCAUAAUUCACCACCAGAUGUCAGGGUAGAGCUCAUCCUGACUCUGCUUACAUCUGCAGUCUUCAAAAAACAAACAGCAUGAGACUACAUCCAGAAAGGAAAUGCCUAAUAAAAAUGCAAACUUCAAUCAACCCAUUUCUGAGCAGAAAGAAGUGAAAUUAAAUUCCUCUCUCAUCCCUUUCCUGCACUAGAUGCCAUGGCUGCUGCAAAUCCAGCAAAAACACUCCAGGAUGAAGACACCUGUCCCAUCUUUCUGGAGUAUUUUAAAGAUCCGAUGUCUCUAGACUGUGAUCACAGUUUCUGCCGAGCCUGCAUGACCCGAGGGGGGGGAUUUCCUACUGACAUCUCCUGCCCUCAGUGCAGAGAGAUCUUUCCCCAGAGGAACCUCAGACUGAACAGGAAAUUCAGGAAUAUUGUGGAAGCAGCCAGAGAACUCAGGUUGAAGACAGUGAAGGAAUCAGAAACAGAGAGUCUGUGUGAGAAACACAAGGAGCCUCUAAAACUGUUCUGCAAAGAGGACGAAAUCCCCAUCUGCCUGGUGUGUGACAGAUCCAAGGAGCACAGAGAUCACACCGUCAUUCCUGCAGAGGAAGCUGCCAAAGAAUUCCAGGCAUCAAGAGAGACACAGCUCAAUUCAGUGUCCAACAAAAAAUAA